ACUGUGCACAAUAUGAAGCCGCAAACUCUGUGUUUAUCCGUUCUCAUAGUGGCUAUUCUUCUUGUCGCUGACAUCCCAAGUGUCCACGGAAUGAGUUUAAAUUAUGGGUGGCUAGGAAUUGCACAAAAUGAACUAUUAGAUUUUAUAAGAAUUAUAAUUAAUUCCAUAAACGAUAUUCUGCAAGGACGCCUCACAUCUAAGAUGCUUGAAGAUAUGAUUGAAGUAAGCAAUCUACCAGGGAAAGAUGGUAGCAAAAGUAGGGAAAGUAAUUCGCAGGAAACCGGUACAACCGAUGUGGAGAAGGAUACGGAUAACUCGGCACAGAAGAAUGGAAGCGAAAGUGGAGGUAACACCGAUGAAGACAAGGAUACGGAUAACUCGGCAGAGAAGAAUGGUAGCGAGAGUGGAGGCAACACCGAUGAGGAUAAGGAUGCGGAUAACUCGGCAGAGAAGAAUGGAAGCGAAAGUGGAGGUAACACCGAUGAGGAUAAGGAUACGGAUAACUCAGCAGAAAAAAAUGGAAGCGAAAGUGGAGGUAACACCGAUGAAGACAAGGAUACGGAUAACUCGGCAGAGAAGAAUGGAAGCGAAAGUGGAGGUAACACCGAUGCGGAUAAGGAUGCGGAUAACUCGGCAGAGAAGAAUGAAAGCGAAAGUGGAGGUAACACCGAUGAGGAUAAGGAUACGAAUAACUCGGCAGAGAAGAAUGGAAGCGAAAGUGGAGGUGACACCGAUGAGGAUAAGGAUACGGAUAACUCGGCAGAGAAGAAUGGAAGCGAAAGUGGAGGUAACACCGAUGAGGAUAAGGAUACGGAUAACUCAGCUGAGAAAAAUGGAAGCGAAAGUGAAGAUGAGGAGAAGAGUGAUGGUGGAGAUAGUUCGCGGGUCAUAAAAGAAUCAGAAACUCGUUUGUCAACGGUAAUAAAUUUGGAGAAUUUUUUGAAAUCUCUUACAAAGAACUUAAAGGGAUGCAAGUUACAACAGUCGAAAAGCGAAAACAAAUCGAAUACAAAGAUAAUCUGCCGUUGGUAAUAUACAUUUUUAAUUUCACACAAGUAUUGUAAGUCUAUUGAACGUGUAAGAGAAGAGUGAAUAAAAAUAAUUGAAGCGCCUAAAGUUAUUGGGUCUUACUUCAUUUCGACUUUGUAA